UAUUAUAUCCAAAAAGUAUGUUUGAUGUAAAUAUAUAAUUUCAACCGAAUAUUUGAAGAUACUGACGAAUGAAAACGUUCGUUAUCGUUGAAAAAAGAAUAUUUAACGUCGGAACUUUCUCGAAUUUAUGCUCUGUUCGUAAAUUUCCAGAAUAUUUUUAUGGUAUUAUCUAAAAAAUAAUGCAACAACAAAUAACAAUGUAAUUAGAGGAGUUCUAUGUUAUUUAAAUUGGCAGUCGUCGUUUAAUUGACAUACUUGGAUUUAACACUCAAAAACUUGGCGCGUCUACGUUUCGUCAAAUAUGACUGCACCAGGAAAAAUUAAGAAAUUAAACGAAGUUGUAGUAAACAGAAUUGCAGCCGGUGAAGUGAUACAAAGGCCAGCAAAUGCAUUAAAAGAAUUAAUUGAAAACAGUCUUGAUGCGAAAGCUACUAAUAUUCAGAUUAUUGUCAAAGAAGGUGGAUUAAAAUUAUUACAGAUUCAAGAUAAUGGCACAGGUAUCAGAAGAGAGGAUAUGGAUAUUGUUUGCGAACGAUUCACAACAAGUAAAUUACAAACGUUCGAGGAUCUUCGAUCGAUAUCGACUUUUGGAUUUCGAGGUGAAGCUUUAGCGAGCAUUAGUCAUAUAUCUCUUUUAACCAUCACGACAAAAACUGCGGACGAGAAAUGUGCUUAUAAGGCAUCGUAUAUCGACAGUAAACUUAAAGGACAACCUAAGCCGUGCGCUGGAAAUCAAGGCACUACAAUAAUGAUUGAAAACUUAUUUUAUAAUGUUGCGACACGAAGAAAGGCUUUAUCGAAUCCAACAGAUGAAUUCAAUAAAAUUAUUGAUGUUGUUACAAAAUAUGCUAUACAUAAUCCUAAUGUGGGAUUUCUGUUAAAAAAACACGGUGAAAUAACGCCUCAGAUACGGACUUUGCAUAAUUCGACUAAAAUGAAUAACGUAAGAAUACUUUAUGGUAAUCCUGUAUCCCGAGAAUUAUUAGAGGUGGAACUUGAAGAUAAAGAUUAUAAGUUCAAAAUGCAUGCUUUAAUAACAAAUCCAAAUUAUACUAAUAAAAAGAUGGUGUUUCUUCUCUUUAUCAAUGAUAGAUUAGUUGAAUCUUCUUCAAUUCGUAAAAUGUUGGAAGAAGUUUAUACAUUUUAUCUUCCCAAAAAGACUCAUCCAUGGUGUUAUGUAUCUUUAAAAAUUGAACCGCAAAAUGUUGAUGUCAAUGUUCAUCCAACAAAACACGAAGUGAAAUUUCUUCACGAAGAUGCCAUUAUUGAAAAAAUAAGAUUAAGUUUGGACGACAGACUUUCUGGAAACAGUGCCUCCAGAACGUUCUAUGUACAAGCCCGAUUACCAAAAGCAGAUAUUACUAAAGAAGUUUUGAAAGAAGUUUUACCAGAAUACGAACAAGAAAGUAAUGAUAAAAUGAAAAAGAUUCGCCCUCAAGAAAUGAUUAGGACUGAUUCGUCUAAUCAAAAAUUGGACAAAUUUAAUUUUACUAUUCACACGGCAAUGAAACGUGAUAAAAAUGUAGAUAAUAUUCUGUCUGACAAUUGUGCAAAUAAUGUAGUACAGAAUAAAUCGAUCUCAAAAGAAACGGAUAAUAAUAAAGAAGAUUAUGUUGAUAUUACUGAAAAACCAGAUACUGUACAAUGCUUAACAUCAAAUCUAGAUGUUACAAACCAGAAAAAUACAUCAGCGCCAACAGAAGUAGUAGAAACGGAAGAAUCUACUCCAUGGAGUGAUAUAAUAAAUGAUACAAGUCCGUCUGCAUCGUCAGAAUUAAUAUUAUCUGGUAUUUCUACUUUAGUUACAUCAACUCAAAAUGAGAACAAGUUAAAUAACACGAACGACAUCUUAAAAAUUACCGAUGAUAAUUUUGAUGAAAGUAUACUAAAUAAUUGUAUAGAAGAAAUAGAUGAGUCUGUCAAAGGAAAAUGCAUUGACGUGAUUGCAGACAAAGCGCGUAAACAGGUGUAUAAAUGCUUUGGAAAUAAAAGUGAUGUAUCAGAGAAGGAAGAAACUAUUAAAGGCGAAAAAGAAACACAAAUUGACAAAACUGAGAAAAACAAUGUAUCUGGUGAAAUAAAACGGACAGAUGCACAAUCUUUCAAAACUACUGAUAAUACCGAGAAAGAUGAUACUGCAAGUACGCACGAGUUCAAAUCCUAUUCGAUAAAUAAUUUCAGGAGGGAAGUAAAGUUAACGAGUGUUUUAAAAUUACGCAAAGAAGUAGAGAAUGAGUGUCACGAAGGAUUGAGAGAAAUUUUAUCUGAUCUAACUUUUGUUGGUUGCAUAGACGAAUCUGCUGCACUUAUUCAAAGUGGAGUUAGUUUAUAUCUUUGCAACACAAAAAAAUUAGCGGAGGAGCUUUUUUACGAAAUUAUGCUUUAUGACUUUGCGAAUCAUGGAGUUAUAAAAUUCUCAGAUGCAAUUCCUUUGUAUGAAUUAGCAAUGUUAGGAUUAGAUACAGAAGAAGCUGGAUGGACAGAAGAAGAUGGGACAAAAGAAGAAUUAGCUAAAAAUGUUAAAGAAUUAUUACUGGAAAAGACAGAUAUGUUAAAAGAAUAUUUUUCUAUUGUUAUAGACAAAAAAGGGAACUUGAGAUCUUUACCAGUAUUACUAGAAAAAUAUUUUCCAUACGAAGCUGGUCUUCCACUCUAUAUAUUGCGUUUAGCUACUGAAGUAGAAUGGUCGACAGAACAACCAUGUUUCCGAACUGUCUGCAGAGAAACGGCAAGAUAUUACAGUCAAAUGAAUCCUAUACACGAUACUCACGAUUGGAAGUAUAUUACAGAACAUGUUUUAUAUUCUGCAAUUAAAGAGAGUUUGCUUCCUCCUAAAUAUUUUGCACAUGACUCAACAAUACUGCAAAUAGCUAAUCUACCUGAUUUGUACAAAAUUUUUGAAAGGUGUUAAAUAUACUUAACAAUUGGACAUUGAUCAAGAUAAAUUUAACUUUGCACAAAGUACGUAAUGCGCUGUAACGGAAUUGUAAAAUAUUAAUUAUAUUGACCACGUAAUACUA